UACAUGCGUCGCCUAUCUUGAAGAUCCGUCUCGUUUCCCUCUUUCUCUUACCUGCGUGGCUGCGCGUGUGCUGAACAGCUGCUGGCGGCCGUCGAUGGUGGCGGCGGCGAGGGUUUUGGAGUCUGCUAUGCUAGGGAUAAGCCGUACCCCGUUCUCUUCGUCUUCAUGCUUCUACGGAUACUCGACGCUGCUAUUCCGAUGCCAGUGGCCACGGUUCUAUUCAUCUGGCUCCAGGUUGAGCAUGAACCUCAGGGCUGGAAUCGUUGGCCUCCCUAACGUCGGAAAGUCUACCCUCUUCAAUGCCGUCGUGGAGAAUGGGAAAGCCCAGGCCGCUAAUUUUCCCUUUUGUACCAUAGAGCCAAAUGUUGGCAUAGUGGCAGUCCCUGAUCCUCGAUUGAAUGUACUUGGAAAGCUUAGUAAAUCUCAGCGGACAGUUCCAGCGUCUGUAGAGUUUGUUGACAUUGCUGGCCUUGUCAAGGGAGCAAGUCAAGGAGAGGGUUUGGGCAAUAAAUUUCUUUCACACAUACGUGAAGUGGAUUCAAUACUACAGGUAGUACGUUGCUUUGAGGAUAAUGAUAUUAUACAUGUGAAUGGGAAAAUAGAUCCAAAAUCAGAUAUUGAUGUGAUCAACUUAGAGCUAGUAUUCUCAGAUCUUGAUCAGAUUGAGAAAAGGCUAGAUAAGCUUAAGAAAGGCAAAGCAAAAGACACACAAUCAAAAUCGAAGGAGGAGGCAGAGAAGUCUGGAUUGGAAAAAAUUCAGAAGGCACUUAUGGAUGGAAAACCUGCACGAUCUGUUUCUUUAACAGAACUGGAGAAAGAUUCUAUACGUCAUCUCUGUUUGCUGACUAUGAAACCUGUCAUAUAUGUAGCUAAUGUUGCAGAGUCUGAUCUUGCUGCUCCAACUAAUAAUCCUCAUGUCAAGGAAGUGACAAAGCUUGCAUCAGAAUUACAAUCUGGCAUAGUGACAGUAUCAGCACAGGUAGAAGCAGAGCUUACUGAACUGCUACAAGAGGAGAGAGUUGAGUUUCUUAAGUCCCUUGGUGUUGAUGAAAGUGGUCUUGGUAAUCUGAUAAGAGCUACAUACAAGCUUUUAGGGUUGCGGACUUAUUUUACAUCAGGGGAAAAGGAAACAAAAGCGUGGACAAUUCUUGCAGGCAUGACUGCACCUCAAGCUGCUGGAGUUAUACACUCUGACUUCGAGAAAGGGUUCAUUCGAGCAGAAACUGUCUCGUAUGAUGACUUUGUGGCAGCUGGCUCUUUAGCAGUUGCAAGGGAGAAAGGAGUUCUGAGAUCAGAAGGAAAAGAUUACAUUGUACAGGAAGGAGAUGUUAUGCUUUUCAGAUUCAACGUUUGAUGAUGAGCCUUGAGUAAACUCUUCUCCGGUCUUUCUUAUAUGAGAUGAUGUUUCUAUGCAUUUCUGUUUCAAUUUAUAUUUGCUAAAGUUUGAAAAUCAAAGAAGGGAUUUAUAAUUCAAAUAGAAUUUCUCGAUAUAUUUUGUUUGUUGGAGAUGUAAAAUUUUGAGCUAAGGUGCUACUAAUUUAUAUUCUUUCUACACAUUACGAUCAACAAUGAUUGGUCGUCAAAUAUUUUUGAUAAAUGCAAGGGAUUAAAACAUUGCUGUUUCA